UUCUCCCAUUUCUCCCAUUGCACCCUCUCGUCGGGAGCCUUUGAAGUGGCCUGGCAGUUGACGUCGCUCGGCCGACAGACGAAACAACUUGUCCACUUGCCGGACCUCGAGGCCGUUUCACUUCGUCUCCGUUUGGCCGGUCGCCGCGACGCCGGCCCCGACGAGUCGUCAAGGCCGGGCCGAGACAACUGCUGCCUCGGAUCCGUCUCAAUUCACGGCCACCAUCGUCAAGCCGGCCUCGCACCAAUUCGACAAUCUCGUCCCGCGCGCCCGUCUCGAUUACCACUUUUGGUGGAGAAGUUUGCCGAAAUUUCGUUUCGACUCACGACACGAAUGGAGAGGGUUGAUAAGUUGGCCCUUGACCGGAGGUGA